GAGGGAGGCUAACAAAUCGGUUACUUUCAUUUUUAUUUUUUAAUUUCACUCGAUUAUUUUUGUCAGCGGAUCUGAUCUACCGGCUUGAGGCUGGGCACCGAAGCUGAGCUAAGCGACACGCAGCAGAAGCAGAAGAGGUCCACAAAAGCGAAUGGCGGAGUGGUCUACUUGGACUUUCCGGGGGCGGCGACUAAGUUUUCGUCGACGACACGGUGUUUAAAGACGACCCAAUCCAGUGUGAUCGCUAUAAUAGCAUUGGGUUUUUUUCGGAUUUCUCAACGGUGUCGCCAAGCGAAUGGAAUUGGAAAUUCUUUUUGGUUGAGUGUGGAGGGAUUCUAAGCAUGCAUCAGAUUCUCAACUUGCAAGCGUCUUCCUUCAUUGCUCCAGGCUUCCUUUGAAGUGGGGUUUUUGUUCAUUGAGCUUUCUCAGGCUUCCUUGCAACUGGGUUUUUGGCAAAGCCACAAGGAAGGGACUAUAAGUGGAAUUUGGCUCUUUUUGUGCUCUAUAUAGAGCUUUGGAAUCAGAGGCCCCAGUUUCGAUUUAGUUUUAUUUUUGGGUUUUCUGGUCUUCAACUUUGAGAGCAGAGUAAAUAGUUCAUCAUUAAGGACGGUGUGAAUUUACAAGGGAUCGGUCAAUGGGAGAUCAUUUUAUUUUGUGUGUGGACCGUUUGAUAACUGCUUCCACCUUGGAAUCAGCUACAGCCGAGGCCCAGAGGCCAUCACAACAUGGUCAUGUUCCCCUUCAGCAAAACAGGGUCUUGGCACUAGAUUCUUCUUCUGAGGAUUGUAAGGAAGUUUCAUCCCUUGAUGCCGAGUCUUCAGAGAUGAUUCCUGACUCUCACACCUGCGACUAUGGAGAUGGUCCUUGCAACCUGGUUGAGUGUCGUAUCUGCCAGGACGAGGAUGAUGAAAGAAACAUGGAAUCUCCCUGUGCCUGUUCUGGAAGUUUGAAGUAUGCGCAUCGCAAAUGUGUGCAACGUUGGUGCAAUGAGAAAGGAGACAUUACCUGUGAGAUAUGCCAUCAGCAAUACAAGCCCGAUUAUACUGCCCCUCAGCCAGCUUAUCCUGAUGACAUUCCCAUUGAUAUCAGGUCAAGUUGGGAAAUAUCUGAAGCAGAAUUGGACCUACGUGAUCCUCGCCUUCUUGCUAUGGUCGCAGCAGAGAGACACUUCUUCGAAAGCGAGUAUGGUGAAUAUUCAUCAGUGAAUUCGAGUGGCACAUCAUGUCUCCGUUCUGCGGCUUUGAUUCUCAUGGCUCUUCUGCUUUUACGACAUGCACUUGCUAUAACAAAUUCUGGAGGAGAUGAAGAUGGUUCAACCUUUUUCACUCUUUUCCUUCUGCGAGCUGCCGGGUUCAUCUUGCCUUGUUAUGUCAUGGCUCGGGCAAUGAGUGUUAUACACCGUCGUAGACAGAGACAGACAGCAAUAGCAGCAGCUGAAGUUGCCCUUCGUCUGCAACAGGAACAAGCUCGAUUAGUGAAUCGACAACACUUAAUCAAUGUGCAAUAGGACUUCGAUGUAUUCCAUUCUUUGGCCGUUUCAUAUUUAAUUGACUAUACAGUUGGCAGCUGUUUAUGAGAUGAGAUAUCUCUGUAAAUGCCAGUGGAGAUGUCCAACCAUCAAGCCAAUGAAAAUAAGAAUUAUAAUAAUGUCAGUUACUGGUUGCAACUGAUAACGUUGAUUCUGUAUCGUGGACUACAGCACAUUACCGGCUAAGGUUCAUGGCAGAAACAACAUGCAUAUUGGUAUAUUACAUUGUUGGGAUCCUCGAGUUGAUGAUGAUGACUUCUGUUGGAGGCCUCUCAGGGGCUGUGUGGAGAUCUGCCUGCCGCUUAUUGACAUGAUGAAUGUCAAACGGAUUCUGGCUGUAGCCUUCUCGAGAAAUUACAAUGAAAUUGUGAAGCUUUCCCUGUGUUAUAGAAAUUAUUAGAGAGUUUCUCUCAUGUAUACAUCAAUUAUUUGUUUAUAACUGCUGGUUAUUGGUUGAAGCCCCCUGGAAGGCUGGAAAGGCAGCGGAGAUUGCAAAACUUUCUAAAGAAGGUUAUAACUUCUUGAAUGGCCGGGCAUCCUGUUGUUUGUCAGCUUUCAUGAGUAAUAAAAUAAUUACCAGGGUCACAACAUGCAUUUAUUUUA